UCUAUCCAACAUUGAGGGCCUCUAGCAUUUUGAAGUUGAUCUUUUCGUGUCUAGACUCACUCAUAAUCUUUCUGUUAAAAUCUGCAUAGUACGUGGUAGAUUGUCUGUGGCCGUCAUCAAAAACCAAACAGCUAUUUUCGUGCGAAGACGCUUUGCUUGUCCCUGAAAUAUAGCACCUAAACAUCGCCCCCCUUUCUCACUACUAUCUACCCAAGUACCUCGGUACCUAUUUACCAGCACACAAUGUCUCCCAAUGGUGAAGCUUUCCUCCUGGACCCCAACACACCCGCUGGGCCAACACGCUACGCGCACGCGCGCAUCGCGCCAGCCUCAUCUCACCGCACCAUCUACAUCUCGGGAAUAGCCGCUGUGUCACCAGACGGCAAGCUCGAGGGGGCGCGGCAGAACGCGGAUGGCACGUGGGAGCUGGACAUCCGGGAGCAGACGGCGGCGGUGCUGAAGCGGAUCGACGACAUCAUCCGCGGCGCGAGCCAGGGCAAGGGCGGCAUCCACAACGUCAUUGAUGCUGUCGUCUACGUGCUGGACAUGAAGUCGCACUACGCCGGCAUGAACGAGGAGUGGAACAAGGUGUUCGCGGACCGGGCCAGCGCGCCGGCGAGGGCGACGGUCGGUGUUAGGGAGCUGCCGGAUCCGCGGUUCAUUGUCGAGAUUAAGGCGAUAGCGGUGGUCGAGUUUUGAGUAAGGGAUGAACAAUGGAUGAUUGGAAAUAGGAACUUUGAGUAUGUCAGACGCUUAUGAUACCUCUAGGUGCCUUGGUAGUAGGUAAUCAUUCAUCCUGCUUCAAAUCAAUACCCAAUGCCUCAUUUUAUGAUGCCGUAUGUGACCCUAUCCCUUGCCCUUAUUCCCCGAUCUUGCGCUAUAUUUGGCAUCGAAGUAUCCUGGAAGUUUGGGGUCAAUAUUCAUACGUCCUGUGCUGCCAGAUAUCCAUAGGUGCCUAUAUAUAGCCUAAAGGGUACCUAGGUA